CCACUACAUAGGUGGUCUUUAAAACAUUUCAUUUUUUGAAGACAAGAGGGUGUUUAUAACACUGGUUUAUAUAUGACAAUACUAACAAUAUGGGGAAAAAAAUGCUUUAGCAUUCAACCAAAGCUCACCAACGGAAACGUGGCACAACACUAAUUUGUGCAUGGAAACGUUCUGAUCCUUCUGCUCAUCACGCUCAGAUGAUGAUAAUACAUUUUUGCAAGUGCACAUGUUCCUGAGCAUCUUAUGUAAUUCCUGACUUAAUUGGGUGUACCCUUAAUAAAAGCAUGAGACAGAUGGCCUUUAUUAUGGCACUAAAGAUAAGGAAAGACAUGGUGUGUUCCCUCUGACUGAGAGAAGAUUAUCGUAUACCCGGAUAGAAAAGAGAAAACAAAACUGUUGCAGGACUGAAUGAAAUUCUAACAUAUGAACCGUGACUGGGGAGCAGAAGGGAAUUUUUGAAUCUAUUUGGAAAACAAUGUGUUUGUUUGAGGACUCAACAGUGUAGUCCACUUGACACAGACUGUAAGAAGACGUAAAGACACUCCAAAGUGAGUUCAGUGAUUUGUUUAUGAAUAUGCUGAAAAGAUGUGAAAGACUGAGAAUUGGGUAGUAGGCAAGCUGUUUUUCAUCAUUUUAAUUUUUCCAGAUGUUUGGGGGGUGAGGGCGUGGGGGUCAAAAAUGGUGCCCCAAUCACAUUUGGCGUCAAUCACGUUCCCAUCAGUGGCAAUCUGGCGCAAUUACAAGUUAAUUCAUAUUUUUUAGUCACUCCAUCUCUACCAAUAUAGCGUGGAGUUAGCCAGCAUGUUAGCUGUGCUUACACCCCGAAAAUGUAUCUGCCCUGUAAUUACAGAACUUCCUAGUGUCAAAAUAUUUUGGUAUUCAAUGUCAUGAAAUUCAAUGUUUUAUGUUGGAACACAAAGCCUUGUGGGUAUAAAAUUAGCAAGAAGUAUGAGCUGAAAUGUCUGUCAUUUCAUGUUAGCCACAUACUGAAGCAUGUGUGCCGCCAAACGGUUGACUCGUUCCUGAAAGUGCUUCUGUUCUGUGGAUCCAUGAACUAGAUGUAUGUGAACACAACCAUGUAAGGAAUGUGAAACCACAAGAAUUUCUGGCCGCCUUGACAGAUCAUUCUGCUCAAUGUGUUGUAAUUGGUUUUCUGAGCUGUUGACGAAACAUGAUUGGACACCGGUCAGCUGGGAUGGGGGAAUGAGUGAGCGAUAUGGAACUUCAACUUUGUCCUCUGAAUCAUACUUAGACGUUCUUCUAACGCUCAAGCCACAGAGGAGUGUAUUGAUCCGACCGAGUGUUUGGAUUCUGCGUUCUUUUACUGAUAUUUCAUCACCUUGUUGGAUUAUCAACACUGGGCACGGUUAGAGUGUGACAAGCUCGCCUUCAGGUUGAGAGGAGAGACAAACAAUUUUUGUCAGGUCUCGGCGGAGAACAAGUGAAAGCUGGGAUGGAUGUCAUUGAUCUGCUGUUCAGGACCAAAGAUGAACCGAGCAGUUGCCACGGCAAGACACCUUGGAGCAUCAGUAUGUGUGACACGCUGAGCCCGGAGGGAAAAAGUACGGAAGACUUUUUGGACUUACUGCUGGCUGGGAGUGAGUCUUCCUCAGGUCCGACGUCCCCCCCGUGGUCACCCUGCACCCUGGACAGCGAUAUGUGCGAGGAGCCAUUGGCAGACAGCCUCCGACUGCCUUCCUGCACUUCAUCUCCAGGCUUGGACAUGCCGCUGCCUCACCUCACAUGCGUGCAGCUUCCACCCUACAACCGUGAAAAUGAAAUCACGUCCCAUGUUUCCAUUGAUCUGGGCUGGGAGUCUGACAGCAUCCAGGAAAAACUGGGAAUGGCAUAUUACCUCACAUCGAAUCAAAGCACCACCACCUCGUCCAGUCAGACGCUCACGGUGAAGGACUUGCUCUUAUCCAAUCUAGGAGAGAAGGUAAGCAGAGAAACUGUACAGUAUUCCUCUGAGUACCUACGUUUGCUGCAACAACUUCACACAUUUUUAAUUAUGUUUCAUCUCAAGUGUGAAGAGCGUGUUUUGAAGAAGAUCCGUCGGAAAAUACGCAACAAGCGCUCGGCUCAAGAGAGCCGGAAAAAGAAAAGUCUGGAAGAAAGGAUGUCUGCGUGCAGCGCUCACAACCUACAGCUGCAGAGAAAGAUCCACAGACUGGAGGAGACAAACAACGCCCUGUUAGAGCAGCUGAGCCAGCUCCAAGCGCUUCUUCCGAACAGCUCCAGCAAAACAACGCAAAGGGGCACCUGCCUCUUGGUUUUGCUUCUCUCCAUCUCUCUCAUUAUUUCCUCAAAUAUGAAGCCGGAUUCAUACAGCCGACUAAGCCAAGAAGAGUACACAGAGACCUCAGUGCCGUCACGCUCCCUGCAGUCGGUCGCUGAAGUGGAAGAAGUCGCCGCGACACGGCCCCCCGUCUCCAUCUCCGGGAGCACGUUGGGACUCAGCAGUGUAGCGGAUCAGCUUUUGAAACGUCCGCCCAAGGGGAAGCUGCUAGCAUCCCGGCAGCAUGAUCACAGGCCAAGGAAAGACUAUUGAUGUCUGCGAAGCCUCCGGAGGGG